AUGUUCACUCUCAUCGGCUCUCAGGCAAUUCGUAUGAUUAUGCUCCGAAAUGAGUGUGCGAAUUAUAACCGGAGUGCGGAUGCGAAAAUGCGGCUGCUGAAAGAAGUUAUCGAGCGAAUUCAGAAGGGGGAAGAUGUGGAUGUCAAGAGACUAUUGGGAACCGGGGACGAAGCAAAAGAAAGGGAGUGGGAAGAAGUGUUGAGAGAAAUUGAGCAGGAAGAAUCCCUAUGGCAUUCCAGGUCGAAGCGGACGCAACGCGGAGAUGCAUCAAAAUCCGAUGGUGAUCUUGAUGAUUCCCAACAGUUAACUACGCAACACCAUGGGGAACCGGGUGGGGCAACCAAGUAUCAACCAACCACUUCUAAUGAUCUUCAACGCUGCUGCAUGAGCUCUAAAUACCAAAAGGCUGAACAACCGAUAUGUCCAGGUUCUGCAGGGUUCGGUAUACUGUCAUCAGGCUACAGCGUGGGACAAUACAGGAGAACGCAGCUUGUGGUAGCCGUAAAAAAAGGAAAAGAAAAGAAAAAGAAAAGAGGUGGUAGAGAGAUGAUUCCACUUGCGGUGGCUCUGGAAACCAGCGGGCCAUAUCCACAUCGAUAUAUCAUUGAAAAUGAUGAUCCCGUGCCCCCGCCUCCGAUUUCUAGAUGGGGGCCGUACGUCACCGAUGAGCAAGUUACUGCUGGCUUAAGGGCUGCUGAGGGUUCGUGA